AACAAAACAACAACCCCGCCAACUCACCUUCAUUUGGUCCUCUUCUCCUUCCCCCCGGCUGGACGAAGACAAACACCGACGACGACAACGACUCACGGAUAUUGCCCGCCCAUACCGGUAGUCAGCAAACCGGUCCUAUUUGACGAACAGGUGAACCAGCGGGGACGGCAUCGGGUAACGGCGACAAAGGUAAAGAAAGGAGGAGGGAGCCUGAUAAAGAAGAUUGGAUAGGCAAAAAACGUGCAGGAAAAGAAGGGGGAAACCGUCUCAGGAGUCCGAUAACGAAUAUUCGGUACGGUAGAUUUGGUCAUCACCCCUUCUCUCCUUUCCUCUCUCGCUUUCCCCAUCGUCGCCGCUGGAACGAGCUCCCCGCCCCCUAUCCUUACGACACACGGAACAGUCAGCCACUAGCCAGCUAGAGCAGUCAUCCACCAACCGAGAAAGAGGCCCAUCGCCCUCCGGCGAUUUACUGUAUCCGACGAAACGACAUAACGAAUAUUAGCACACUCUCUCCAACUAUUGACAUCGACAAAAAAGAAAAAUAACCAACUAAUAGCUAUGCCAUCAAAGGAUUGCGACUCGCCCGGAAGCGAGGCUAAAGAAGCCCUAGCUUACUACAAGUCUCAGAUCCAGCAACUAGAAUCGGAACUUGUAGACUUUCAGGCGUCUUCCAAGGAGCUCGAGCAGGAACUUGAAAAGGAACUCGAAGCAAGCGAGAAGCAACACCGGGAUCUAAGGAACAAGAACGAGGGGCUACGAUAUGAGGUUGAGGAAUGGAAAAAUAAAUACAAACAGUCCAAAACCGAGGCCAAUAGCGCCCAAAAUACCCUCCAGAAGGAAAUUACCAAUCUUCGCGAAACUAACCGACAAAUCUCGCUCCGGUUACGGGACAUCGAGGUCUCUAACGAUGACUUUGAACGACAGGAGCGCAUAGUCAAAUCAUCCUUAGAGGAUAUGGAGUCGAAAUAUAACCAGGCUAUUGAAAGGGGGGUCCUACUUGAGGAGGAGAUUAAGAUUGGAGAACAGGAGCGGGAGGGAUUAAGGAUCGAAUGCCAGCGAUUGAGAGACGAGCUAUCGGAUCUGAAGGUGGAACAGGAUAUUACGGUGGAUAAGUUAAAUAAUGCUAUGGCUAUGGCAGCGAAGUAUGGUAAUGGAAGCCUGCAUCACGUUCCGCCACCCGCGAAGUUCCAGUCAACGCUAUCGGAAACAUCAUCGGUCGCUUCUCGACCGCCGAGUACUCCUACAACACCUUCCGCAGCAUCCACAUCUACUCCACAAUCAGAUCACUCCCCGACACCCCCAUCUCCCCCAAUGUCCGAGGUGUCGACAACUCCUUCCCAACCCUCUCGUGCAAGGGAGGACCCAGCUCUGACCCCCCGACCCAAGCACCAUCAGAGACCUGCCCACUCACGAGCUCCGUCAUUCGGAUCUCAUGGACCCGGCAUGAGGCCGCCUAUCCCAUCUUCGAAGUCACUUCACCACAUCCGUGGCUUGAUAGGACAGAUGCAAAGGCUGGAGCAACGAGUUCAGCAUGCCCGCAGUAAAUUACCAGGACCUGUCAACACACCUCCUCGGAUAUCCCCUCGCAACCAGGGAGCUUUUAUCCCACCAACGGUUACUAUGAGGUCACAAAAGAAACACCGGCCAUCCUCUAUUUCCUCUGUUACUUCUGGUCGUAGCGAUAGGGACACCGUGUACCCGCACGGCACCCGACUAUCCUUUGGCGAGCGACCAAGCUCGCGAGCGACAUCUCGCCCAUCAAGCCGUGCCUCGGGCGCUACCUCACGCUCAUCACUAGGAUCUCAACUUCCUCAAUCACAUAGGCCGAGCAGUCGUGCUAGUCUCUCAGGAAGGGUAACACCCAUGGAAACACAUUCUGAGUUUGGAAUGACUACUAUCAACGUGCGUGAUCGAACAAGCAUUGGUAGUGUGGCAUCUAGCACGGAUGACACGUUUCCAGCUCCCGCUAUCCGCAGAAACACUGUUUCCAAGGGAGAAAGUGGAAUUCCACUGCCUGCUAGUGGCUUACCUAGACGAAGUUUUGGAGGACGAAGAAUCAGUAGUACCAGUGUCGAGGGAGAAGCUCGCCGACGAUUGGGUAAGAAGCUGAGUGGUGUGGGCGAAGCAUAA